CUGUUGUUUUCCAUUGAAGCAUUUCCUCUAUAGUUUUUUACUUUUUAAUCCCUUUUCCUCAUUUUUGCAACAGAAUUUUUUCCAUUGCACAUCUAAUUUAAGAGGAAAAUGACUUUCAGUGGAACAACAGAGAAAUGCAAGGCUUGUGAUAAGACUGUUCAUGUUAUUGAUUUAUUAACAGCUGACGGCAUUUCUUAUCAUAAGACUUGCUUCAAAUGUAGCCAUUGCCAUGGUGUGCUGGUGAUGGGAAACUAUUGCUCAAUGGACGGUGUCCUGUAUUGCAAGCCACACUUUGAGCAACUUUUCAAGGAAACUGGCACUUACCAAAAUAAGAAUGCAAAACCCGCAUCCGAAAAGUCAAAUGGAACGGGAAAGGCUCCUAGCAAAUUCGCAUCAUUCUUCUCUGGUACACAAGACAAAUGCGGUGUCUGUAAGAAAACUGCAUACCCCUUAGAGAAGGUGACUGUGGAAGGAGAAAACUACCAUAAAUCAUGCUUUAGGUGUUCACAUGGAGGUUGUGUGCUUACACCAUCAACAUAUGCUGCAUUGGAAGGCUUCCUUUACUGCAAGCAUCACUUUUCACAACUCUUCAAAGAGAAAGGCACCUAUGCUCAUCUUACAGAGACAUCUGCUUCCAAGAAAAGUUCAGCAGCACCUUCACCCGAAGUAAGGUCUGAAGCUGAAUCAGAUUCCGAAUCAAAACCAAAAGAAGAUGAAUCACAACCUAAAGCCGAAGCAGCAGAAGAAGAAACUGAAGCAUGAAGCUAGUACUGGAAGACUCAUUGAACCUUCAAGGGAAAUCUUUAAAACGCAGGCAAAUUUUAAGUCUAAUGAGACGUAGGGAGGGUCUUGUGUACGGGGUAAUUUUUUUUCAGGGUUCAAAUUUUCACCGUUGCAUGGCAAUCGAAAUCAAUUGAAUUCAUUCUUUCAUUGCUUUA